AUGGCGGUGGUCAAGGAGGAUGGGCAGUACAAAAUUGAAGUGGCUGGCACCCCGAUCUCUUUUCUUUUCGAACCCUACCCGCAGCAGAUCGACUAUAUGAAAAGUGUGCUGUCGGCGUUGAACAUGAAACAUGAUGCUGUACUCGAAUCUCCGACAGGGACCGGCAAAACGUUAUCCUUGCUUUGCUCUACACUUGCAUGGCUUCGUCAGAACCAGAUGAAGCUCACUUUGAACGACGUUGUGGGAGAGGCUGGAGGGCCAUCAUUUGUGCCCAAUGGCCAAUCGUCGAUUCGUCGAAUUUUCUAUUGUUCACGAACGCACAGUCAAUUGGCCCAAGUAGUGGCCGAAUUGAAUCGGACGAUCUAUAAGGAGGUUAGAUGUGCCGUACUCGGUGGCCGUGAGCAGCUGUGCACAAACGAAAUAGUGGCCCGAAUGAAAGAAAAAGGUUCAAUGGCUUCGGCGUGUUCGGCCAUGCGGAAGAAACAUUCCUGUUUCCCCUACAACAAGUGGGAUAAGACGCCUAUGGAGGCUCUAGACAGUAUUUACUAUCAGAAGGGCGCUCCGGAUAUCGAGGAUAUGGUGAGAAUCGCCAAGGCUCAUAACCAUUGUGCCUAUUAUCGCUCGCGUCAAAUGGUGGAAGGCGCCUCGCUGAUCCUACUGCCCUACAACUAUCUCCUCGAUCCGAGUCUGCGGCGAAGACACAAGCUCGAUUUAUCAAACAGCAUCGUUAUUUUUGACGAGGCUCAUAACAUCGUAAAUGUUUGCGAAGAAUCGGCGUCCACCACAAUUACCACCACUCAAAUCUCACUUGCUAUCUCGGAAUUACGGAAAGCCAUGGAAUUGAAGAGCGAGGCUGACGAGGAAGUACGUACUGAAAUGGACGAAGCCACCAUCGGCUUUGCGGUGCUGAAGAAGGAGGAAAAGAAGGCCGAAGAAUUGAACCUGCAAAAAGCUGCGUUGCUCCUUCAAAGCUUCUUCCAACUCGAGGAGCUGAUCGAGCCGUAUUACCGAAAAGGAAGCACCUUGGGCAUCAUUGACCCGGAAAGGACACCAGCCACCAUUCGGGACGUUCGUCUUUUCGAAGGGAAUAGAUUGAUAGACUUGCUGGCCGAGGCGGGGCUUGGCGCAAAUUCGGUCGUCGUCGCCGAGCUGGACAAGAUCGUGAAGGGCGCGUUAGACUUGUUAACCGAUAAGGAAACCCAAGUGGACAAGCAACUGGGACGGCAGUUGGACAAUAUAGCGACGUUUAUUCAAGCUGUACAUGCUGGGUCGGCGGACGCCAUGGCGCAAGGAGGCGCGCGAAUGGAGAACUUCAAGUUUUGGAUCAACAUCGAAAAGCGCAACUCCAGCGAGCAGCCCGAGGAGUACUCCCUGAACUGGGCCUGCUUCGACUCGGCGAUCGCCAUGCAGCGCCUGAAGAGAAUGGGCGCCCGCACGAUCAUUUUGACCAGCGGCACGCUCGCCCCGCUCGAGACCUUCGCCCAGGAGAUGGCACUUAAUGUUGGUGAUGUCUUCUCUGCGACCCAUGCCGCCAAGAAGGAACAAGUCAAAUGUUUUGUCGUUCCGAAGUACUACGCUGACAAGACGGCAACUGCAAAGUUGGAGUCUCUGGCCGGCACCUUCACAAAUCGAGAGAAUCCGAGAUAUGUGAAGGCGGUUGGGGAGGCGAUCGUCUCGGCGCUGAAGCGGGUCCCACAGGGCACCCUCGUCUUCUUCCCGAGCUUUAUGUACAUGACGGCGUGCCUGAAGAUGUGGCGCAAUUGCGGGCUGCUCGCCGAAAUGGAAAAGCACAAGAAAGUCGCCGUCGAGCCGAAGAAUAAAAUGGAGAUGAAGGAGCAGAUGAUGCUUUUCCGGCAGUCUAUCGAUUCGGGCGGUGCCGCCGUGUUUUUUGCCGUUUGUAAAGGAAAGCUUUCUGAGGGUAUAAACUUUGCCGAUCGACAUGCGCGCGCCGUUAUCGUUGUUGGGCUGCCAUACCCGCCGAUGUACGACGUGCGGGUGAUGGUGAAAAAGAAAAUCCUCAACAAUAAGUUGGCUCAAUAUCGCGAGGCGAAGGCAAAAAACCCACGGCUGGAUGCGGGGCAGCCGAUGGAUGACAAAACUUGGUACGCAGUCGAAGCCAUGCGAGCCGUCAACCAGGCACUCGGCCGCGUUCUCAGACACAAGGACGAUUUCGGGAUCGUGAUUUUGUUGGACGAACGCUAUCGCUCAAUCGGCAAGUCCUAUUUCCCUGGAUGGUUGCAAACUGGCAUGUCGAACGUGCAGGACAUUGACGAAUGGAAGCGCGAUAUGCUCACAUUUUUUAAGAAGCAUGGAGCGUUGCAAAAAGCGGCGAAUAUCGUGCAAAAUGUAUCCGAAACGUCGGCGGCGGCGACGCGAAUCCGAAAACGGCCGGCCGUCGCGAUUCAUUACGACCGAGAGAACAGUGCGCCCGACCUCAACUUCUUUGCCGGAAAACCCGUCGAUGUACCCGAACAAAGGAAACAACAACCCAACACGUUAACAGCUUGCUUGGAAUCAGUGACGGAGCAGCCGACCCUCCCGAAGAUGUCGCCGGCUACGAAGAAAUUGAUUGCCACACGUUACCAAUUGCCCAUCAACUCUAGCCAGCCCGGCGCCAGCCAGGGCAGAAAGAUGAAGCUAACUGCCGACCGUCUCAAUGCCGAUUAUUUCACCGAUGCGCCCCCGAAAGCCUCGACCUCGACGCAAUCAAUCAACACGCUGAAGAAGCGUGGAGAUGCGAUGACGCUACCAACGACGAAAUUAACUGACGCGGAAGCCUCGAAGCUUUGGCAAGAGUUUGCGGAGAAGGUGAGCAAGUGCGGGUUGCGCAAGGAGUACAAGGCCAAAAUGAUGGCGCUGGCGGCUGACAGUGCCGGAAAAGUUCGCGCCGCCUAUGAGCUGUUCUACGAGAAGCACAGGGCUGUUUAUGAUGAAUGCAAAAAGACGUUCGACGCGACCGGCAACAUCCGGUUGGCCAAAUGGGAACGAAUUGAGCAGACGCUGGGCAUUCAAUCUACGCGC